CUCAAGAGCGCCUUCCAACCCGCUCGGCUGUGGGGCCCACCGCGCUGCUUCGGUGUUUUCAACCCAUGGGGCGCUCGGUGGUUUUCGUGGGCAUCGCGGGUGCGAGCGGCUGUGGUAAGACCACCUUGGCGCGGAAGUUGGCGGAGGCCCUCCAGUCACCCUUGGAGGUCCUUCACCUAGACAACUACUUCCAGCCAAAGGGGCAGGGCCGCCCGCCGAAGCACUACUGGGAGACGCCUGACGGGGUGGACUUCGAGGCCUUGCGCAAGGAUUUGAAGAAGAUCCGGGAGACCUUCUCGCACCGAAAGUGGCCAAAGAAGCUGCGCCUGGGGCGGAAUGGGAAGGAUCUUCUGCGCUCAGAGAUUCCUGCAGGUGCUGACUGGAAGGCCGGCUUAGAGUCUCCCAUGGUGGUACUCGUGGAAGGGUUUCUCCUCUUCUAUGACGACCUUUUGGCAGAGAUGCUGGACUUGAAGAUUUGGAUCAAUGCCAGCUGUGGGACCUGCAUGCGGAGGCGUCACUUGAGAGGUUGGAACUCGCGGCACAUGGACUUGGGCGAGUAUGGCGAGUGGUUCGUCCGGGUGGUGUGGAGACAUUUCGAGUGGUACCAGCGCAAGCAGCUGCGGAAUGCGAAGGACGCGCUGCAGGUGCCAGGGGACGCAUCCGAAGAAGAGGUCUUUCACUACUCACUGUGGUGCUUGCCCUUUGACUGGAGCUGGUCGACCGACCCGGAGGGCACCUGACCUGGCAUGACCUGGCGAACGACCUGGCGAACUUCGACCAGCAGUGAGUGCAGUGCUGUUUGGUUGGAAGUUGGGCCAGAUGCAAAUCCAAGAGCCCUUGAUAUGUGAACGUCACUGUAAUGACAUAUAUCCGGACAUCAUUAUUCAAUAUGAACGUUUUUUGAGUGAAGCCUAUUGGAAGGAUCUAGCAGGUUUCUCAAUUUGCAACUUUUGGAAGUUGCGAAAGUUGGGCGUGGUGGUAUUUUUUGGUGGGUGCAGAUCGAACAUGCUGAGGGAUAUGGUGAUCCACAGCAUCCACAGCAUCCACGGCCCCAAAACGCCAAUUUUGCCUUGCUGGCCUCGCGCGCGACCUCUCCGAUACGGUCGCUGCGUCGUGGACGGGCCUCUCCGUCCGACGUGCAUGUGUUUUCCGCCGUGUGCGGGGAAAGUCAGCGAGGCGCUUCCCAGGCUUGAGACGUGUCAAGACCGUGUGAGGGCAACCGGCCGGAGCCGUGGUCAGGCGUUGGAAAGGGGAUGAUCAC